GUCAUUGCUAACUAUAAAAGCAAAAUAAAUAGGAUGUGUGGUUAGGUACCACUUCCUCUAAACUGACAACAUUCCAAUAAAUAUCGGCCUGAAAAAAUCCUGACAAACGCCAAAUUUUCCAAAAUAUGCUGCUUGGAGCACGGUCUUCGCCGUAAAUGGAAAGCAACGAUCUCAAACAGACAGCUCAUUUAUAUACUUCACCAAAUGUAUUUUUGUUCAUCGUAACCGUAUCGGUCUAUUGUGCGAUCUAACGAUAUUAAAGCUGCCUGGGCGCAGAGAAAAUACUAAGCGAUAACACCAGUUGACCUUGGUGAUGGUGCAUCUGCCACUAUUUCGUGGCAUUUCGAUUGCUGCCGCGUCUACCGUCGUCCGGUUGGCCUUGCGUUCCCUUCAUGCUUUUUGUCAAAAUUUCAUCACUACAUGCUCUAAAAUGACCGUUAGACGCCGAAAUAUUCAAAAAAUGGCCGAUAAGCAGAGCUGUACUCAAUCGGAUACGGAGACUCACGGGGCCUGUUCAAUACGAAAUGACUUCGUCAGCAUUUUGUUGCUCAUAUUCUUAUACACGAUGCAGGGCAUUCCACUUGGUUUGGCAGCUUCCGUCCCGUUUAUUUUGCAAUCGGACACCAACACAGCAAGCUAUCAAACGCAAGCAACCUUCUCCCUAGCGAUGUGGCCUUUCUCUCUCAAGUUACUUUGGGCUCCUCUAGUGGACGCGCUGUACAGCAGUCGUAUUGGACGGCGCAAAUCUUGGCUUAUCCCCGUCCAAUAUGCCAUCGGUAUCGACCUGCUGGUUUUGGCCACACACGUAGAUGAAUGGCUUGGGCGAGAGCCCGGGAAUCCGUGGGGUUCUCUCGGUGUUGCAAAUCCGGUGAACAUCUUCAGCCUUACUGCUGCAUUUUUCGGCCUCACCCUACUGGCUGCCACCCAAGACAUCGCUGUGGAUGGAUGGGCAUUAACCAUGUUGUCGAAGCGUAACAUCGGAUGGGCUUCGACAUGCAACACCGUUGGACAACCACUGGGCUACGUGAUUGCGUUCAUACUCUUUCUGUGCCUGGAGUCUCCCUACGUCUCCAAUUCGUUCCUACGCGUUACACCAGUCGAAGGCAAGGGGCUUAUCAGCUUCUCAGGAUUCCUCUAUUUUUGGGGCAUUGCCUUCCUACUUACCACAACGCUGGUGGCAGUGUUGAAACACGAAGAGCAAUCCUCUCUCACUAAACCUGUUCAGAAAUGCAUGGACGGUGUGAAGCGACGUAUCUCAGCGAACUUUUCAAGCGGCACAUUCCGAAAUACCAAUGAUCGAUCCCAUGCCCCAAUGCGUGUUCUCAGAUCCGAUACGUACUCAACUAUUCUCAGGGAGAGAAGUACCGAUGAGGACUGUGUCGAGCUGACCACCAUGACCAUUAACGGGCCGUGUGCGGAUCAUAACGAUGUCAACGCCAACUUAUCAACCCUAUCUACCGCUUCGAGUACCUCGCUGGUAACUAAAAACGUGGCUUCCAAUGAGAUUGAGGUUUUCCAGAACAACACUGCCCAUUCCGCAGCCGAACUCUCACUGUUCGAUACGUAUCGAACCAUGCUGGGUAUAUUGUGCCUGAAGCCUGUCAUACGAUACAUUUGCGUACUAUUUCUAGUCAAAUUUUGUUUCUCCCCCACCGACUCCAUCACCACGUUGAAACUGAUAGAGCGGGGCCUAUCGAAGGAACGUUUGGCAUUCUUAUCCAUGCUGCUGGUCCCCGUGCAAACCAUUCUACCACUGCUUAUCACCCGGUGGACAAACGGACCGUCUCCUUUAAGCAUAUUCGCAUGUGCCGGCAUGACACGUCUGUUUGUUUCAGCCCUAGCCAUCCCACUGGUAUACUACGUUCCAUAUUUCCGGCAACAAAUUUCCUCUGCAACUUCGCCUAACGGCACUCACCUCGCGGUUAAUGAAACGCUAUCUACGCAUCUUCAUCAGCCACAAUACACUUUCUCUUGGACAUUUUACGGUCUCUUUCUUGCUUAUUUGGCCGUGCAAACGGUUUUGGCCAAUUUCAUGUUUAUCUCUCAAAUGGCGUUCCACGCGAGAGUCAGCGAUCCGGUCGUGGGAGGCACUUAUAUGACAUUGUUGAACACUGCGGCCAAUUUGGCUGGGAGUCUGCCUGGAACUCUGUUGCUCUAUCUAGUCGAACCUCUGAGUAUACGAUAUUGCUCGAAUUCCGAUCCGCUGAAAGCUGGCUUGGCAUCUUGGCGUUCCUCGUUCGACAAUAAUGAGACUGUAGUCUCAUUCGUAACACCUCCCGGUGAAGACUAUCUACUGAGACUGGGACACGCUUGGAUUUCAACAAACGCCACAUGUGCUCCGAAGGCGGGUUCUGGGGCUUGUGAACUUUCAGGAGGCACAUGCAUUACUAAGUUGGACGGAUUCUACCUAGAAACGACAGUUUGCCUCUUACUCGGCCUUGUCAUCAUCCCCGUCGUCAUCCGACCUCUUGUACGCCGUCUUGAUGCUCUAUCUCCAUCGGCGUACGCGUUCCGCCUCUCAGACACCAACCUCUGCCACCAGUGCAUUCACCGCCGACGAAAGCAAAGUGACUCAAGCUGAGACCUGUACACUUCACCUAAACCACCUUGUGAUCCGUUUUUUUUCAUCUCCCACUGGUGUCAGUUAGGUUGUUGCCUUCUGUGAUCUCUUCUUCGUUAUGGUUUACCUCGUACAAGUUAGCCUACCCGCUUCAAUUUUGUACGCCUCAAAUCUUCUCACCCAUUUCAUUCUUCACGGUAACUUUCCGUCGCACAACGACCACUGGCUUUCGUUUUCGACUUGUCUCCUCACCUUCUGUACCUGUGUGGUGUAUUUUUUUACCUGCUCCAUGAGCUUAUGCGUUUUUCACAUGUGUACAAUGGUACAGCACCUCGUUUGUUUUCCGUGCUUCUGCGCACUUCCUACUUUUUUCAGUUGCAAUCAACGAUGUCAGUGCUGCUCACAUCAUCUGCAUUAUCGUAACGGAAGAGUUCCAGAGUUGUGCUCCCAAGCUCUCACUCGAGAUGCGCACACGUGUAAUGCGAGGCCCCACGUCGUUUCCGUUUUGUUGCAUUUGCGCACACGUCACCAUCUAACUCGGUAUUCUGUCUAAUGCACGCUCGUCUUACUUUACUUGCCGAUUGUGCAUCAUGUGUUGUGAUGUGUUGACCCCCCCCCCAACGCGCCUCGCGUCUGCUUUGCAUGUUGCCCCUGCAAAUUGUCGCUGGUGUUCGCUGCACGUAGCGAGUUGUUAUUUUUUUGUUGCCAACUUGCAAAUCACAUCGGUCAGCUGGAUCGGCUGGUGCAACGUACGUUGCCAUAUCGCAUUCAUAAGCGUCCCGUUCUCGCUGCGCGCUAUGUGUGCCGCAGCGCUUCGCGGAUAAUACUUUUUUUGUGCAAACAAUUAUCUGUGUUCCCACUGCGGGCUUCUUUUUUAACUUUGCUACUUUUUUGAUGUAUCUUUGAUGCUUGUGUUCUAGUCUUUUGCAUCAUACUUGACGUCGUCUUGUUACCCUUCCUCUCAAGCGUCUACCUGAUAGUGUUCGUAGACACAUACUAAGUGACAACACGUGCGUCUUCAGCCUUAACGUUUUCAGUACAUAUUCAUUGGGUGGAAGUCUGUUGCCUGAAAUUGCUCCAUAUCGUCACAGAAAAACAACAGGGUGGUAAACCACCUGCGUUUUCUAUUUCUUGAACUCUGUCUCAUGUGAUCGCCGCUUGUGAUAGGUAGUCUGCUUCCACCUGCACCGCUUUUCUAAACCAAAACUUUUUGGAAUGUUGUACACAUUACGUGGCACCGGUUACGUUAAUAUUACAAAGGUCUGUGGUACUGGCAGAUUCCAUGUUGAGACACUCGAAGUUAUGCGGAUAUUAUGUUGGAGUAGGACUUGAACUUCAUUCGAUUUUCG